AUGGGCAUAGCCUUCGACUCCGCGCCCGACAGGCCCGAACACAUCGAAGCCAUCCUCAACGGUCUCGACCGAUACAAUCCCGAAACGACGACCAUAUUCCAAGACUAUGUCACACAGCAGUGCGAGGACCGCACCUAUGACUGCUAUGCGAAUUUGGCGCUGCUGAAGCUAUACCAAUUCAACCCGCACCUCACCCGCGACGAACCCGUCACCAACAUCCUCGUCAAAGCCCUCACCCUCGCCCGCCUCAACGCCCGCCUCGAGCGCUGCGCCUACCGCGACUUCUGGGACCUCCUCGACUCGGACGACCUCUACGCCGACCUCGUCGCCGACGUCAACGGCUUCGAGGAGCUGAUGCGCGUCCGCAUCGCCGUCACCGUCGGCCAGGGCUGCCGCGCCGUCGAGCGCCCCGUCGCCGAGGGCUGGCUGAAUCUGCGCGGGCAAGACUUCGAGGCCUUCGUGAGGGAGAUUUGCGGGUGGGGGGUUGAUGAUGGCGGUGGGGGGGGAGGGGGGAGGGUGGUGGUGCCGGUUAAUAAGGAGAAUGAGGCCAAGGGGACGGUGGUGAGGGAGGAGGUCCGGUUCGAGCAGUUUGGGAGGGUGGUUAGGAGGGCGUAUGAGCAGCCGGCUUGA